AUGUUUGUUUGCAUGGCAAUGGCAGGUAGUCAACCUCCAAUGUCUUCUAAAUCUGUGUCUCCUCUUGUUCCUGCUGCUAUCCCAGCAAAAUGCAGAGAAUCUGGAUCACUGCUCACCACAGAAUUUAGCAACACUAGUUUGAGUUGCGAUGACUCGAGAAGAAUACAACAGAUAAAGAAGAUGUUUGAUGAGGCUCAGCUCUCAGUGUCUGCAUACGACACUGCUUGGAUGGCCAUGGUUCCAACUCCUACUUCAUCCAUCCCAGACUCUCCUUUCUUCCCUCAAUGUGCUAGAUGGAUACUGGACAACCAACUGAGUGAUGGCUCUUGGGGUCUCCCUCGCCGUGAUCCAUCCUUAAGUAAGGAUGCUCUCUCCUCUACCUUGGCUUGCAUUCUCGCUCUCCAACGUUGGGGCCUUGGUGAACAACAAGUCACUAAAGGACUCCGGUUUCUUGACUGCAAUUCAGCUUCCCUAACGGAUCAGAAGCAGCAUGUACCUAUUGGGUUUGACAUAAUAUUCCCUGGCAUGAUUGACUGGGCAAAAGAUUUAGGAUUGAACCUCCCUUUCAAGUCAACUGAUGUAGAUGCUAUGCUAACUAAGAGAAAUGUGGAGCUUACAAGUGGGUUCAGUAGAAAUGCAGAGGGAAGGAGAGCCUACUUGGCAUAUGUUUCAGAAGGUAUCCAACACACACAAGACUGGGACAUGGUGAUGAAAUAUCAGAGGCAGAAUGGAUCCCUCUUCAACUCACCUUCGACUACUGCAGUUGCUUUUUCUCAUCUUCGAGAUCCUGAUUGCCUUCGCUAUCUGUCUUCCAUCUUAGACAAAUUUGAGAAUGCUGCUCCAACAAUAUAUCCACUGAGCAUACGCAGCCGCCUUUCAGUCAUAGACACUCUUGAAAGUCUGGGAGUUGCUCGACAUUUCACCAAUGAAAUAAAGAUGUUGCUGGACAAGACAUACCAAUGCUGGUUGCAAGGGGAUGAAGAAAUAUUUCUGGAUACAACCACAUGUUCUAUGGCUUUUAGAUUGUUGCGUGUCUAUGGAUACGAUGUCUCUUCAGAUUGUCUAUCUCCGUUCUCAGAAGAUUGUUUCUUCAAUUCACUAGAAGGAUACUUAAAGGACAAGACUGCUGUACUGGAAUUGCACAAAGCUUCCCAAAUAAUUUAUCCAGAAGAACCUAUCCUGGAAGAACUAAAUUCUUGGACCAUGAAUUUCCUUAAACAGGAAUUCUGCAACGACUCGAUUUAUCGUGACCAAAUUGAUGAGAGUAUCAGCACAAAGGUGCAUGAUGCUCUCACAUUUCCCUAUCAUGUUGAUUUGGAUCGCUUAUGCCAUAUGAGAAGCAUUCACCAUUACAGUGAUAUAGAUAACACUUGGACCUUGAAGACCUCCUAUUGUUGUCCAAACAUUGGGAACAAGGAUCUUCUUAAACUGGCAGCAGAAGACUUCAAUUUCUGCCAGUCGAUACAGCAGAAAGAACUCAAGCUGCUAGGAAGGUGGAUCAUUGAGAACAAGUUAGACAAGCUAUCAUUUGCGAGGCAGAAACUGGGCUAUUGCUACUUUUCAGCUGCUGCAACUAUCUAUGCACCUGAACUAUCUGAUGCUCGCAUCUCAUGGACCAAAAAUGGCGUGCUUACAACUGUCGUGGAUGACUUUUUCGAUGUCGCGGGUUCCAUGGAAGAAUUAAUAAACCUUGUUCAGUUGCUUGAGAAGGGUGAAGUGGAUGCAAGCAUAGAUUUUUGUUCCGAGGAAGUCGAGAUCCUUUUCACAGCAAUCCGAGGCACCAUUCGUGAAGUUGGAGACAUGGCAUUGGCAUGGCAAGGACGUGAUGUUUCCAGUCAUAUAAAUGACAUUUGGGUGGAAACGGUGAAGUCAAUGUUGAAAGAAGCGGAGUGGUCAAAGAACAAGUGGGUGCCAACAAUGGAUGAAUACUUGCAGAACGCAGGCCUGUCAUUCGCAUUGCUGCCGAUUGUUCUUCCCGCUGUAUAUUUAGUAGGGCCAAAGCUCUCGGAGGAGAUGGUGAGCAGUGCAGAGUAUAAGAAUCUGUAUGAAGCGAUGAACACUUGUGGGCGCUUGCUCAAUGACUGGAGAGGAGUUCAGAGGGAGUCGGAGCAAGGGACGGUGAAUGCGGUCUCGGUGCUGCUGCAUGAAGGUGGUCGGACCUUGGACGACGCCAUGGAAGAGGUGAAGAGACUAAUUGAGAGGGAGACGAAGCAACUGUUGAAGUUGGUGUUGUUGGAGAAGGAGAAUGGAAUACCAAACUGCUGCAAGCAGUUGUUUUGGAACAUGACAAAGGCUUGUCACCUUUUUUACAUGAACAAUGAUGGGUACACUAAUGAGGAAAUGGUUGGUGUAGCCAAGUCCAUCCUUGAUGAACCUAUCCACCUUUCUCCUUAA